AUGACGUUUGGUCUUAAAGUCGUUAAAAAGCUGCAAUGGACUAAUGUUCCUAUUGACAAGUUGGAUCUGAAAGCGAUGAAAGUUGCGAUAGUUGGAGGAACCGGAGGAAUUGGUCAAGGUUUCAGUCGGAUGUUCGACAGCAGGGGUGCUAAUGUCACUGUCGUGGGCAGGACUUUCAGAGACGACGACUUAGAGAACGUCCAUUUCAUCAAGGCAGACCUAGAACUGAUGUCAGAAGCCAAGCGAGUUUCAAAAGAACUUGCAAAACUGCCCUUGGACAUGGUGAUUUUCACGAACGGUAUAUUUGCUGCCACCACUCGCCAGCGAACUUCUGAGGGUCUGGAGCGCGAUAUGGCCGUGAGCUAUCUCAGCAGACUCGUUAUCAUUCGCAAUCUACUACCUACACUUGCAGAAACUCACACCCACAUGUUGAAAAGACCAAGAGUGUUUGUGGUCGGAUACCCCGGCACCGGAGAGCUGGGGACGGUCGAGGACUUGAAUUCGGAGGGUAAAUACAGCGUCAUGCAAACACACAUGAACACGGUGGCCGGUAACGAGGCUCUGGUGCUUGACAGUGCACGGCGGUACCCUGAAAUUGGCGUUUAUGGACUCAACCCGGGCCUGAUCAAGACAAAUAUCCGGAGCAAUCUGUUGGGUGCCAACAGCUGGAAAUCAUGGAUUAUUGAGAGUAUCAUUGGGUUCUGGUGCCAGAGUACCGAGGACUAUGCACGCCGCAUGCUUCCGAUGAUGGUGUCUUCUGAUUUGGAUGCUUACAACCCUGCGUUCUUCAACAACAAGGCCCAAGCCGUUGAAUCCCAAAAGUUUACGGAGCCUUAUGUUGAGAAGUUUAUCGGCAAGUCCGAAGAGCUUCUGGAAAAGUCCGGGGUGUCCUUGGAUUGA